AUGUCCAUACCAGUGGAUUUAGAAUUAAAGAAAGCUUUCGGAGAACUACAAUUAAAAAUGCAAAGCACUAGGAAAAAGAUACACGUUAUCGAUGGUCAAAUUGAAGUUCUAAAAAAGGUAAUGAGGCAUGUUGAAGUACAAUCGGAUACGCUGCCAGCUGACACAAAAGCCUACGAAUCCGUGGGUAGGAUGUUCCUUUUAACUGACAUAGAGGAGAUAAAAAGUAAUCUCGAGACUAAAGUUACCCAAUUGUCAACUCGUAUUUCUGAACUAGAAGAGAGCAAGCAGUAUUUAGAAAAAAACUUAAAAGAGAGUCAAAACAACAUCAGAGAAAUGUUACAUCAGCGCAAAGUACUAAGUGAUAAGACCACAUUACUGUAG